CUUUAUAUAUAUUUUCAAUUCAAAGUUCAUUUUCCUGUGCUUUCCCUUUUCACGCAACUCCCCAAAAAAUGACUAGGCUGCAACGCUCCCAAGCGUCCAUUGUCAACGUACUCACUGGACUGUUCAGACGCAGGAGAAUUAUUAUACGGGGGGAGAUGGCCAACCUUUACCACAUCACAAUCUUCUUUGCGCAUGUCCUGUUUCUUUUGCCUUGUUCAAGAGCUGCAGUGAUCGCGCAGCCCUGUACGCACCCUCGGUUGGACAACGGUUUCCUUUACUCGGUUGAGCAGCAGCAGCCGGGACGUCCAAGCGUGAUGAAUUACAGGUGCAACGAAGGGUUCAAGCCGGUCACUGGCGGAUGGUGGAGCACCAUCACGUGUAAAAAAGGACGGUGGCAACCCGCACCCCGUUGCAUCGCCAGCAGUGCCUGCACUCCUCCUCAGGUUUCCAAUGGUGGAAUUGGAGGAAAUGAAGAGGAGUACUAUAGCAAUGAAAAACAUGUGCUCGUUAAUUGCGAUGACGGCUAUGUACCACAAGCAAACUAUGUACAGUGUCGAGAAGGAAAAUGGGAACCGUUGCCUGUCUGCCAGCGAAGCCAAAACUCAUGUUCAGCCCCUCCUGAACGACCCAAUGCUGUAAUAAAAGUCUAUUAUAAGGACAUUUUUAAUCACGGAGAUCGGGUGCAGUACCAUUGUAUGGAUGAAUACAAAAUGAACGGGGAUUCAUAUUCUCACUGUGAUCAAGGAAAAUGGACAGAAGCUGGUGAAUGUGAGGAAAGGAAUGCUCCAGAUAGAGAUGCAGGUGGUUCUCAGGGUGGAAGUGGAGGUCAACGGUGCCCUGAUCCUCCUUCAAUACAACAUGGUGAUAUUGUUACGGUUAGCAGUGACAAUAAUACAGUAACAUACCACUGUGCAAAUUACUAUAAGAAUAACGGUACUGCAAAGAUCACCUGCAGAAAUGGUCAGUGGAGUACAACACCAAGCUGUGAAGCAAACUAUUGCAAGGUGGCGGGCAAAGUAGAAUAUCUGAUGCCGUUGGCCUCUGCCAAGUUCAUCAAUGGAGGUGGAGAAGAGACAUUUCAGUGUGAAGACAGAUCCUAUCAAAACUGGUACUAUCGUACUGCUGAGGGAACUUGCGAGAAUGGACGCGUAACAUUCAGAGGAUGUGCGUUUGGGCUUGUAUGGACAAUUCGAAGUGCAGAGUGAAUAGAAGAAGAAGAAGCAGCUGUUUUUUGAAUACUGUUUUCCUGAUGUUUGUCAAGUAAAUUAUAUGUGAAAUAACUAUACUGGUUUAAGUUCAUUUUUUCCAGGCCUGCACCCUGAGUAACUCAAUUCUGCGAAACUAUACCCAGAUUCUUAGUUACUAUGUUAAUGUAGGCCUACAGCCAACCAUUAUAGUGUAUGUGCCCUUGACAAAUGGAUUUACAGUACUGAAAGAUUUUACUCAUUUAGUUCAUUGCCAAUUAUCAGGGGAAAAUAGCCAGUAAGAUUAACAAAACGUUAAUGACAGAGACAGUACCCAGUACUUUAAUAGUUGGUGUAUUGUAAUAAACAUCCGUUUUAUGGCAAACCCAGAGGAAUCAGAACAUGUCUCAAGAGAUAGAUAUAUCUUUAUUUCAACAUGACAAUUAUUCAUUAUUCACAUAUAAAAUGGUCGGUCAGAAGUGGCAGCAACUGGGUUGAUCUACGCCUGGGGUGGGGAACCUUUUUCCUGUCGAGGGGUCACUUCAAAUUCCUCCAAGGGCCGUAAAA